GGGCGGUGCCAGGCCGCGGGUCCUCAGUCAAGUGACACCCGGCUGCUGCCGGGGCGCUGACUGUGGAGCCAGGAGGCCGGAGGGUGGAUAUGCCAGGGGUCGUUCGCAUCCUCUCCCUGCUGCUGGUGCCGCUGCUGCUGGGCUCUGCGCGUGGCUUGCACAAUGCCUCCCAGAGGACUUUCGAGAUCGAUUACGGCCACAACUGCUUCCUCAAGGAUGGCCAGCCCUUCCGCUACAUCUCGGGAAGCAUUCACUAUUUCCGCGUGCCCCGUUUCUACUGGAAGGACCGGCUGCUGAAGAUGAAGAUGGCUGGGCUGAAUGCCAUCCAGACGUACGUGGCCUGGAACUUCCACGAGCCCCGGCCAGGACAGUACGAGUUCACUGGGGACCAUGACGUGGAGCAUUUUAUUCAGCUGGCACAUGAUCUGGGACUGCUGGUCAUCCUGAGGCCUGGACCUUACAUCUGUGCGGAGUGGGACAUGGGAGGAUUACCUGCUUGGCUACUAGAGAAAGAAUCUAUUGUUCUCCGUUCUUGUGAUCCAGAUUACCUUGCAGCUGUGGACAAGUGGUUGGGAGUCCUUCUGCCCAAGAUGAGGCCCCUCCUCUAUCAGAAUGGAGGGCCGAUUAUAACAGUGCAGGUUGAAAAUGAAUAUGGCAGCUACUAUACCUGUGAUUACAACUACCUGCGUUUCCUGCAGAAGCGUUUCCAGUACCACAUGGGUGAGGACGUGCUUCUGUUCACCACGGACGGGGUGCAUGAGAGGCUCCUGCAGUGCGGGGCACUGCAGGGGCUCUAUGCCACCGUGGACUUCGGAGCAGGUGUCAACAUCACAGCUGCUUUCCUAAUCCAGAGGAAGAGUGAACCCAAAGGACCCUUGGUCAAUUCUGAAUUCUACACUGGCUGGUUAGACCACUGGGGCCAACCUCACUCAACAGUCAAGACUAAAGUGGUGGCUUCCUCCCUUCACGAUAUUCUUUCCCAAGGGGCCAGUGUGAACAUGUACAUGUUUAUAGGUGGCACCAAUUUUGCCUAUUGGAAUGGGGCCAACACGCCCUACCAAGCACAGCCCACCAGCUACGACUAUGAUGCCCCCCUGAGCGAGGCCGGGGACCUCAGUGAGAAGUAUUUUGCUGUGCGGGAUGUUAUUCAGCAGUUUGAAAAAGUACCGGAAGGCCCUAUCCCUCCAUCCACACCGAAGUUUGCAUAUGGAAAAGUUGGUCUGAAAAAGUUAAAGACAGUGGAGGAAGCUCUCAACAUUCUGUGUCCCUCUGGACCCGUAAAAAGCGUUUAUCCCUUGACAUUUAUCCAGGUGAAACAGUACUUUGGGUUUGUGCUGUACCGAACAACACUUCCUCAAGACUGCAGCGACCCAACACCCCUCUCUUCGCCCUUCAAUGGCAUCCACGAUCGGGCCUACGUCUCUGUGGAUGGGGUCCCCCACGGAGUCCUUGAGCGAAAUAUUGUGAUCACCCUGAACAUAACAGGGAAAGCUGGAGCCACCCUGGACCUCCUGGUGGAGAACAUGGGGCGUGUGAACUACGGCAAUUCUAUCAACGAUUUUAAGGGUCUUAUUUCUAACCUGACCCUUGAUUCCAAUAUCCUCACCGACUGGGAGAUCUUCCCACUGAACAUGGAGGAUGCAGUAUGCAGCCACCUGGGGACCUGGGAUGGCCAUGACAGCGGCUGUGCCCACAGCCCAUCUGACUACACACUCCCGGCCUUUUAUGUGGCUAAUUUCUCUAUUCCCAGUGGGAUCCCAGACUUGCCCCAGGACACCUUUAUCCAGUUUUCCGGAUGGACCAAGAAGCAGGUAACCGAUCAUCUGGAAACCUGAGGGACGGGCAGGGAAGAAAAGCCACCAGGAGACACCAUCCUUUCCCUGGAGCUCCUCGUGUUCAGUUCAACAGCUUGGCUCUUCUGACCAGGCGCCGUGUUUGGCUGAAGGACGCAAAGCCAAGGAGACAGUCUAGUAUCAAACAUGGACCCAGACCAGAAAAGAGCGGGGAGGCUCCACAGAAAGGGUGAAGGUGCUUCAUCCAUCAGGACCCUCCAGCACUAGCCUGGCCUUGCUGGGAGCAGCCUGUACCUACAGAAAACACUUGAAAUCCAGCGUGGACUUCAGAAACCUCAGUGUAGACCUCAGGGUUCUCCACUUCCUUAAGGCCUCUGUUCACCUGUUCUCAAAACUUAAGCAACUUUCUGGCGCCAACACCUUGAAUUCCUAAUCCGAAGGGCAUUUCCCAUCACUGCGUGCCGCGCUGGUCGUGGUCUGUUGCUACACAUCAAACUGCUUCAAUACAUUUGCAUAAGUGGCAUGAAAAACUAUUUUGUGAUGUACAUGAUUCCAUGGAUCAGGAAUUGGGACAGGCACAGCAGGAUGGCUUGUCUCUUCCAUGACACCUGCGGCCUCUGCUGGGUCCUGGAAUCGUCUGGAGGUUCCUUCACUCCAGACGGCAUUUGGGCUGGGAUGUCUGAAGGCUGAGCUCAGCUAGGAUUGUCAACCAAAGCUUCCAUACAUGACCUUCUCUAUGCCUUCAGUAGCCGGGUUCCGAGAGGGCGUGUUCCAGGAGGGAAUUCUAGAGCGUCCUUUUUGUGUAUUUACGUCCAUCCCACUAAAGUCUGAGAAGCCGGUGAGCAUGAAUUGAAUCCCUUCACCCUUGGUCCGAGGUCCCGUUGGCAGAGCACUGUGCUUGCUCCAGAGUGGGUAUGUUUAGCCUGUGUUAAUGAGUUGGAUUCUUUUGUCUCUUUUGCAGAUUACUGGCCUUUAGGGGUCCCACCACGUAUUAACGAAAGGGGAAUUGUGACUCUGAACAUAGACUAGAAAUCCACUGUGUGACCCCACCACCGGCAAGAGUAUAUGGCAGGGUGAGGUGAUGGGAGUGUAUACUGCACUUAAAGUCUGGUUUCCUUCUUUGUUAUCUUUGGAUUUAGAUUUCUGAGCAAGACGUGCACUCUGUCCAAUUUACUUCACCUUGGCUUUAAUUUUUACUAAGCAAUGGGAUUUUUAUC